ACAUGUAUCUGAGAGAAACUGACCAUAAUAGCCAAGCCAGAACGGUUUUGGAGGAAAAAGAAAAAGAAAAAAAAAAAAGCCAGGCAUGUAGGUCAGUACUGGUGAGCGGGUCGUCUCGAAGGCAAUCCAGGGAGGGGCUAUCCCGUGACGUCAUUAGGCUGCGCAUAAAAGCGAGCGUUCCAGACUGGGAGCCACAGUCAACAAGGGAAGCGGAUUCAAAAUGAACGCAAAAGUACUGAUUGCAUUGGCUUUGGUCGCCGUGACUGUCGCCGAUAAGCUCCCAGCUUACUCCUACUCUGCACCACAGGGAUCUUUCGAAGACUCAGUGGAGUAUGAUGAUGCCAAGUACGACUUCAACUGGGCUGUGAAGGACGACGACUCCGGCAACGACUUCGGUCACCAGGAGUCCCGCGACGGCGAUAACACUCAGGGAUCGUACUACGUGCAGCUCCCCGACGGCCGCCUGCAGAAGGUGACGUACUACGUGGAUGGCGACAAUGGAUACGUUGCCGACGUGACGUACGAGGGCGAGGCUCGCUAUGACUCGGUUGAGUCUCGCGAAUACGUUCCCCCCAGGCCCGUGUACUCCGCCCCCGAGUCCCACGAGUCAGUAGAGACUCCCGUGUACACCCCACCACGACCUCAGUAUGCCGCCCCGAGGCGCUCUUACGGCUUCCCUCAGUGAAGAUGAUGAAUGAUAACCAAAGCUGAUGACCAGUUACACCAAACGGAAUCUAUUUAUUUAUGGACAUUAUAUACAAUAAAACAAUAUUCUA